AUGUCAGUGUUCGUCCGGUAAAUUGGCGCGCAGUCGCGUCGUUCGCGCUCUCAUAAAUAUUUUGUUAAUAAAGUACGAUGCGUCAUAUAUUUAAAAGUGUAAUUUUAUUAACUGCACUAAUAUGUUAUUCGGGUUCACUCAAAAUUCUCGGUAUAUUCCCGUAUCACGGUAAAAGCCAUUUUAUAGUAGCAAGAGUAUUUCUACUGGAGUUAGCACGUAGAGGGCACGACAUAACAGUAAUUUCUUACUACCCAGAGAAAGAUGCUCCACAAAACUAUCAUGACAUAGAAUUGGAGAGAAAAACAGUAGCAACAGAAGAUAAUCUGCCAAUAGAAAAUCUGAGUUACUGGUCCGUCAUACAAACUAGUCUAUAUUUAACUACGAUGGGAAAAGAAAACUGUGAGGUACUCUUAGCAGACAAACGAGUGCAGAAUUUGAUAAAACAAAAGCCGAAGUUUGAUGUUGUGUUAGUGGAACAAUUCAAUUCCGAUUGUGCUUUAGGUCUAGCUUACAAAUUGGAGGCUCCAGUUGUCGGUGUGACUACUCAUAUUCUGAUGCCGUGGCAUUACAGAAGAUAUGGAAUUUCUUACAACCCAUCGUAUAUGACCUUUCAUUUUCUGGAAGGUGGUACAAAACCAACACUGUAUCAAAGAAUAGAAAGGGUGAUAUUCGACGCUUACAUUAGAAUGGUUUACUAUUUAAUUUCUCAAAGACCAAACCAAAAUGCUCUUGCGGAGUACUUUGACGAUAUUCCUCCCUUAGAAGACUUAGCUCGGGAGAUCAAGUUUUUGCUUAUAAGUCAACACUUCACUUUGACUGGUUCCAGCUUGUUACCGGCUAAUGUUAUCGAAGUAGGUGGCUAUCAUGUCGCCAAUGCUAAACCACUGAGUGGGGAUAUUAAAAAGUUUGUCGAAGAAGCGGAUGCUGGAGUGAUAUACAUAAGUUUUGGCUCAACCUUCAAGGUAUCGACAAUGGAGAAACACAAAAUGGAAGCCGUAUUAGAGGUGAUUGCGGAACUUCCGUAUAGAUUCAUCUGGAGAUGGGACGACGUCACAAAAGACAAAUCACCGUAUACAGAAUUACGUAGCGACCUCAGAUCAUUAUUAACGAACAAAAAGAAAUUAUAUAUAUCUACAUGGCUUCCUCAAGUCGACAUCUUAGGGCAUCCAAAAACAAUGGCAUUUUUCUCUCAUGCCGGCAUGGGUGGCACUUCGGAGGCAAUACAUUUCGGAGUACCCGUAGUAGCAAUGCCUAUACUUGGAGACCAACCUGCUAACGCUGCUUCCAUAGAAGAGAGUGGCUUGGGAGUCCAAAUCUCCGUCAGUAAUCUGAAUAAGGAGAAUUUACUUGCCGCUAUAAAGAAGGUUUUGGAACCUGGAUUCCGAGAAAGAGUGAAACAGUUGAAUAGAGCUUGGCACGACCGUCCUAUGUCAUCUUUAGACACGGCGGUCUACUGGACAGAGUAUGCAGCUCGCAAUUCCAACUUCACCUUCAGGUCACUAGCAGCCGACGUUCCUUUAUACCAAUUCUACCAUAUAGAUGUUGCUUUUGUAUUUAUAUCUAUAUUUGGAAUAGUAAUAACAGCAUGUAAAUUAUUGUUUUGUCGACCUAAAACGCAAUCAAUUAAGAAAAAGAGAAAUUAGUAAAAUAAAAAUCUAAUAGUAUUUUUUUUCUGUCACCAUCUUUCGUUAAUAAUAAUUAUACCUGCCUAGGUAAGUAGGUCUGGUAGGUACUAUAAGAGUUUUAGUUUAGCUGGU